GGUCUUUCCCAGUUUUAUUUAGGCUAUAUAUAAACUUCAUUUUUUGGAGCGGGGAGCAGACUGCACUAUAAAGUCAAAUCUAUCAUUUCAUUUCCAUAUUAGUAUUAGGCGCCUUCCUGUUUCCUACUAUCGAGCGGCGGCUCUGCCUCGGGAGUGCACCCGGGAGAGUAUGGGCUGAUUUCUGGGCGGCUGUGGUGGGAUCGACCGGGAUAAUGCGGUGGGUGACCGGCCUGGCAUCGUUAGGGUCGCCGUUCUGGGGACGCUUUUUCCUCUUGGUCGGGGCGAUCUUGUGGGGGUGCCUGGGAGCCAGCAGCUGCCCGGACCUCUCCACAAGCCGCUGCAUCUGCGUGGACGAGAGCUCCAAGCAAGGACACGUCGUUGCAGCUGUCCGGAAAAAGGUGAUCUGCAGCGGGGAAGACCUGACAGAACCACCGCUGGCGAGCCUGCUUCCUAACGGGACUGUCACUCUGAUUCUUAGCAAGAACCGGAUCAGCGUUCUACGAAAUGGAUCAUUUCUGGGUCUGAACAGACUUGAGAAACUGGACCUGAAGAGAAAUCUGAUCAGCACCAUUCUCCCCGGAGCCUUGCAAGGACUGAGCGAGCUGCGCAGACUGGACCUGUCCAAGAACAGAAUAGGCUGCCUGUCUCCCGAUGUGUUCCAGGGACUCAACAACCUCACAAAGCUGGAUCUGUCUGGGAAUAUCUUCUCCUCCCUGGAGCGGGGGGUGCUGCAGGCACUGGUGUCCCUCAAGCUAGUGGAUUUCAACUCCCCGUUCCUGACCUGUGACUGUGCCCUGCGCUGGGUUCCCGGGUUCUUCCGCAGCAGGGCGGCACGCCUGUCUGAGGAGACGCUCUGUGCCUAUCCCAGCAGCCUCCAGGGCAAACCACUGCGCGGGCUGAGAGAGAGCCAACUGCACUGUGACGGAGCCCUGGAGCUGCACACUCUCUCCCUGCUACCCUCGCUCCGGCAGGUCGUGUUCCAGGGGGAUCGCUUCCCUCUGCAGUGCACCGCCGCCCUGCUGGACAACAGCACGUCAAUACACUGGCGGCACAACGGUCACAGUGUGACCUCCGACCCCGAGGCGGCGGUGUGGUUGGAGGAUAGCGUGCUGCACGACUGCACCCUCGUCACCAGCGAGCUGAUCCUGUCCAGCGUGCGCGUGGCAGCGAGCGGAACGUGGGAGUGCGUGGUGUCCACGGAGCGAGGGAACGUGUCCCGCAGUGUUGAGGUCGUGGUGCUGGAUUCCAGCACCACCUACUGUGUGGCUGAGAAAGUGACUAACAACAGAGGAGACUUCAGGUGGCCUCGCACUCUGGCCGGCAUCACCGCCUUCCAGCCCUGCCUACAGUACCCCUUUGGUUCUACCUCGAUGAGCGGGGGCGCCAGUGAGAAGAGGGCCCUGCGACACUGUAACAGGGCGGGGAGGUGGGAGGAGGGGGACUAUAGGCAGUGCCUGCAUACCAGCGACAUCACGAGGGGACUGUACACCUUCGUCCUGAUGCCGAUCAACGCCUCGAAUGCUCUGACGCUGGCCCUCCAGCUGCGUGUGUACACGACCGAGGCUGCGGGCUUCACGGACACCGCGGACGUGCUGUACGUGGCACAGAUGAUGGAGAAGUUCGUCGGAUAUGCAGAGCAGAUACGAGAGCUCUCAGAGGUGAUUGUGGACAUGGUCAGUAACAUGUUGCAGGUAGAUGAGCUGGUGCUGUGGAGAGCACAGAGGGAGGAGCGAGCCUGCAGCUCCAUCGUCCAAUCACUGGAGAGGAUCGCAGGGCUGCGGCUGCACCGCAACGCACAGGACCUGAGCAUGAGCUCCAGGAACAUCGCUCUGGAAGCGUACCUGAUCAAGCCGUCUCACUACACUGGGCUGAGCUGCACCGCGUUCCAGCGGCGGGAUGGGACAGGACGGGCUCAGGAGCAGCAGCUCCGAUUCCGCUGCACGAUUGGAGCGAACAACGCAUCGCUGCAUGACUUCCCUGUCAAGAAUGGCGUUGGCCUGGCCUCCGUCACGCUGCCCCCCACCCUGUUCCACCACAGUACCCCCCACGACUGCAAGCUCCAGUUCCUGGCCUUCCGAAAUGGGAGGCUGUUCCCCAGCACAGGGAACAGCAGCGGGCUGGCGGACCAGGGCCGGAGACGCAGCGUCAACACCCCCAUCAUCUACAUCGGCAUGGAUGACUGCUUAAUGUGGACCCUGUCAGACCCGGUCACUGUGUCCCUGCGUCACUCCUCCCCCGGCUCAGACCCGGUCGCGGCUCACUGGAGCUUCGAAGCUGUGGAGGGGCAGGGGGGCUGGAUCCAGGAGGGGUGCCAGCUGACCCACAGUGACCCCAACAUCUCCACUCUGCGCUGCGCUGACUUCAGCAACUACGCGGUGCUGCAGGAGCUGAGUGAUUAUUCCAGCUCGUCGCAGUCACCUGUGGAAGUGCUCCACCCUGUCAUCUACACCUGCACUGCCAUCCUGCUGCUGUGCCUGUUCACAGUCAUCAUCACACACAUACUGCACCACAGCUCAAUUGGGAUUUCCAGGAAGAGCUGGCACACUCUGCUCAACCUCUGCUUCCACAUCGCCAUGACGGCGGCCGUGUUCGCUGGGGGCAUCACCCUGACCAGCUACCCCACCAUCUGCCAGGCUGUGGGCAUCAUGCUACACUACUCCACUCUCUCCACGCUACUCUGGAUUGGGGUCAGCGCCCGGGUCAUCUCCAAGGAAGCAGUCUGCCAGUCUCCUCGGCAACUUGAGGGCGAGCAGGUCACACCCACCCAGCGACCUAUGCUCAGGUUUUAUUUAAUUGCGGGCGGGGUUCCUCUGAUUAUCUGUGGAAUCACAGCGGCCGUCAACAUCAAGAACUACGGAGACUCAAAAUCAUACUGCUGGCUCGUGUGGCGGCCCAGCCUUGGUGCCUUCUAUGUACCAGCAGCCUUUGUGGUGCUGGUGAGUUGGGUGUAUUUUCUAUGCACCCUGCCCAACCUGCGGGGCCGUGGGGAGGGGGGAAGGAAGGAGCUUCCUGCGGCUUCCUCCUCCUCCUCCUCCUCCUGCUCCCCCUCUCCCUCCCCCUCUCCCUCUCCCUCUCCCUCUCCCGAGGCUUACCACUCCAGUCUGCUCUCCUCGGACUCCUUGGAGGGGGGGGCAGUGCACUCCGGGCUGGCCCUGGAAGACCAGCACUCACUGCGGGCCCGCUUCAUGGCCGUGGUGUGCACCCACGUGCUGUUCAUGGCUCUGUGGAGUUUGGGGGCGCUGGCAGUGUGGCGAGGUGGAGGGGAGGGGGAGCUGCUGUUCAGCUGCCUGUACGGCAUCACGGCUGUCACGCUCGGCCUCUUCCUUCUGGCGCAUCAUUGCAUUAGGAGGCGGGACGUCCAGACUCAUUGGCUCGCCUGCUGCCCCUCCAGACGAGCGCGGCUCAUGCAGGCCUACCUCGGCCCCGCCCCCGGCCCCCUCGAGCCGACGCCUACCAACUCAUCACCCAGCCUGUCGAACCCAGGGCUCUGCAAGCUCACAAACCUCCUCCAGGUGAUGCAGCCAACAGCUGGGGCUCCUGGGGGCAACAGCAGCAGCACCGGCAAUGGAAAUGCAUCAUCUGUGUGCUGCAGCCUCGCAGACAACCACAGCAAGCACUCCAAUAUCAACCUGCAGCAGCAGCACCCUCCGCUUCCCAAUACAGGAACUACACAGCAGCAGCAGCAGCAGCAAAGGAGGUCGCACAAGCCAGGCGGCAGGACGAAGCAAACCACGACACUCUAUCACCACCGUGGCGGGGAGGGCAAGCCUCACCACAGGAUCAAAGUGACCAGGGGGGGAGGCUUGGAACUGCUGCCGUCGACACACCACAAUCAGAAACCUGCCCCCUCCUCCAGCGAGAGCGGCAGCCUUCCCAACAGCCACUCAGAGAGCCGGGCCAGUCCGCUGCCCAACAGCCACUCGGAGAGACGGGCCAGUCCGCUGGCCAACAGCCACUCGGAGAGCCGGGCCAGUCCGCUGGCCAACAGCCACUCGGAGAGCCGGGCCAGUCCGCUGCCCAACAGCCACUGUGAGAGUCGGGCCAGUCCGCUGCCCAGCGGCCACAGGGAGGCACCAGGGGAGGCCAGCAACAGCCCCUCGGAGGGCAGUGACGGGGGGGGCAGCGGGAGACAGAAGCCCUUCCCGCUGGUGCAGCUGUCCUCCGCCAGGGCACCGACGGUGCCAUGCCAGAGAGCUCAGAGGCGCAGCGUCAGCAGAGAUAACCUGAAGACAGCUGCCUCGCCCGAAAGAGAGGCCAAGCGCAGCUCCUACCCGCUCAACAUGGCCGUCCUUCCCCCAGCCCCCCACAGUGCUUACAAUGGAGCGCUCAACGGCUCGGGGUUCCAGCUGGAUCUGAGCCCCAUGGCGCCCUCCGCAGGAGUGGAGGGGAUGAGAGGGGGGGUGUGGAAGAGCGAGACCACUGUCUGAAACAAAGACAAAGAGAGAGAGAGACUGAGAGGAACUGGGGUUGCGUCUGAAGCAUCACCGAAUCGUGAAACGGAACAAUCAUGUGCAGUGGUACAAGCAAGAAUGAUAUCGUAAUCCCCCGUAAUUCAACUUUAAUCCCAGCUACAAAAACAAUAUAUAUAAAUAAGGGAUGGGAUGCUUGCAGUAAUUCAGCAGUUUGCCUAUAAUACUAUUUACUGUUUCAGUUUGCCACAUAGUUUUCACAUAUUUCAGUAUUUUUAAUGAAGGAUGCACAUAUAGACUGACAGCCCCAGAUUAAGGGAAGAGACAGACCCUACACACAGAAAACCCACUAAGUCUGCAGCUGAAGAGCAGAACAGUUUUUGGAUUUGUACCGAUCGCCCUACAUGAGCAAGAGAAGCUACAAAAAUCUGUCCUUUUUUCACACAAUUACAGAAUAAACAAGACAUAGACAAGACAGUAACCUGGGUCUACGAACAGUACUGCACAAGACUGUGGUUUUGUUAUAGUGAAUUGAGCAAACUAUGCUGUCCAAACAGAAUACAGACAAUCAAAAACAAACAACUCAGGUACUUCCAGAAGACAGAUAUAUAUAUAUAUAUAUAUAUAUAU